GGGAGGGCGGCCAGGGGAGCCGCUCUGGGAAGGGAGGGACUUGGCUAGGGCUCUCAAGCCUUCUUCACUCUCCAAACUUUCACCAAACUCUUGGCCCCCGCCUCCCCGAAACCAAAACACAACAAGCUCUGGAGGAGCGGAGAGCAGCGCGGCGGGGCGGGCGGACUCGUGGCGGUCACAGAACCUCGAGAGGCUGAUGCAACUUUCCCUUUAAGAAAGCCACCUGGGCGCACCGCGGUGCGGACCCAGCACGCCCCGGCCGGGGGCUGCAGCAUGCUCUUGAGGUCUGUUGUCUGAAAGGCACAGGAAGCAGAGUCUGCAAGUGUGGUCCAGGUUUCCUGAUCCCCCAACCUACUGCCACCAUGGUAGGAAAAGGUGCCAAAGGGAUGUUGAAUGGUGCUGUGCCCGGCGAGGCCACCAAGAGGGACCAGAACCUCACACGGGGCAACUGGGGCAACCAGAUCGAGUUUGUACUGACGAGCGUGGGCUAUGCCGUGGGCCUGGGCAAUGUCUGGCGCUUCCCAUACCUCUGCUAUCGCAACGGGGGAGGCGCCUUCAUGUUCCCCUACUUCAUCAUGCUGAUCUUCUGUGGAAUCCCUCUCUUCUUCAUGGAACUGUCCUUCGGCCAGUUUGCAAGCCAGGGCUGCCUGGGGGUCUGGAGGAUCAGCCCCAUGUUCAAAGGUGUGGGCUAUGGCAUGAUGGUGGUGUCCACAUACAUCGGAAUCUACUACAAUGUUGUCAUCUGCAUCGCCUUCUACUACUUCUUCUCAUCCAUGACGCACGUGCUGCCCUGGGCUUACUGCAGUAACCCCUGGAACACACCUGACUGUGCUGGUGUGCUGGAUUCUUCCAACCUCACCAACGGCUCCUGGCCCACUGCCCUGUCUGGCACCCUCUCCCAUUUGCUCAACCGUACCCUGCAGAGGACCAGCCCCAGCGAAGAGUAUUGGAGGCUGUAUGUGCUGAAGCUGUCAGAUGACAUUGGGAACUUUGGGGAGGUACGGUUGCCCCUCCUGGGCUGCCUUGGCGUCUCCUGGGUGGUCGUCUUCCUCUGCCUCAUCCGAGGAGUCAAGUCUUCAGGCAAAGUGGUGUACUUCACUGCCACGUUCCCCUAUGUGGUGCUGACCAUCCUGUUUGUUCGCGGAGUAACCCUGGAAGGAGCCUUCACGGGUAUCAUGUACUACCUGACCCCACAAUGGGACAAGAUCCUGGAGGCUAAGGUGUGGGGGGACGCUGCCUCACAGAUUUUCUACUCCCUGGGCUGUGCGUGGGGCGGCCUCAUCACCAUGGCAUCCUACAACAAGUUCCACAACAACUGCUACCGGGACAGUGUCAUCAUCAGCAUCACCAACUGUGCCACCAGUGUCUAUGCUGGCUUCGUCAUCUUCUCCAUCCUCGGCUUCAUGGCCAAUCACCUGGGUGUGGAUGUGUCCCGAGUAGCAGACCAUGGUCCUGGCCUGGCCUUUGUGGCUUACCCUGAGGCCCUCACGCUGCUGCCCAUCUCCCCGCUCUGGUCCCUGCUCUUCUUCUUCAUGCUUAUCUUGCUGGGGCUGGGCACUCAGUUCUGUCUCCUAGAGACCCUGGUCACUGCCAUAGUGGAUGAGGUGGGAAAUGAGUGGAUCCUGCAGAAAAAGACCUACGUGACCUUGGGUGUGGCUGUGGCCGGCUUCUUACUCGGCAUCCCCCUCACCAGCCAGGCAGGCAUCUACUGGCUGCUGCUGAUGGACAACUAUGCAGCCAGCUUCUCAUUGGUCGUCAUCUCCUGCAUCAUGUGCGUGUCCAUCAUGUACAUCUAUGGGCACAGGAACUACUUCCAGGACAUCCAGAUGAUGCUGGGGUUCCCACCACCCCUCUUCUUCCAGAUCUGCUGGCGCUUUGUCUCUCCAGCUAUCAUCUUCUUCAUUCUCAUCUUCACGGUGAUCCAGUACCGGCCAAUCACCUACAACCACUACCAAUACCCAGGCUGGGCUGUGGCCAUCGGCUUCCUCAUGGCCUUGUCCUCUGUCAUCUGCAUCCCUCUAUAUGCACUGUUCCAGCUCUGCCGCACAGAUGGGGACACCCUUCUUCAGCGUUUGAAAAAUGCCACAAAGCCAAGCAGAGACUGGGGCCCUGCCCUCCUGGAGCACCGAACUGGGCGCUAUGCCCCCACCAUAGCCCCAUCUCCUGAAGACGGGUUUGAGGUCCAGCCACUGCACCCAGACAAGGCCCAAAUCCCCAGCGUGGGCAGUAAUGGCUCCAACCACCUCCAGGACUCCCGGAUAUGAGUACAGUUGCCAGGGGAGAGGCCCCACCCCACCACUGCUCCCACCACAGAGACUGGGGAGGCAGUGGACAGGUGUCACUGCCUGCUCCCUGUCAUGCCCUGGCCAGGAUGACUACCGUCACCUUGGCCACCACUGCUAGUGCAGUCAUUUGUGGUCGUGUCCCCAGUGUUUACACGUCCUUUGGAUGCCAAGACAGCAGCUGGGAGUGGGGAGCCAACAGAAGGAUGGCUGGGGGCCCAAAGCACUUUGGAGGGGUCUCAGGCCAGGUCCCCGGAGGCCUUUCCAGGCUUCGAGUGGCCUCUGAUACCCUCAUUCUCUGCCCUGAGCUGUCUCCUAGGGGAUAAGCGGUUCUGGGCACACCCCCAACUUGUUCCCCUCCUUAAGCCUCCAGCCUCAUGACCAGUGUUCCUGACCCCAGAACAAAUCCCAGCCUCUGCCCAGGCAAACUUGUAUCCUCCUACUUGGGGCAAGGUGAGGGACUAUGGGGCUGCACAGAGUUACUGUCAGACUGUACCGCCUGGCCCUGUUUAUCUGUGUAAUUAUUUUUGUAAAAAUUGUAUUAUCUGUGGUUGCCGCCCCCCGCCCCAGCCUUGGGUCCAAUCUGUCUUCCAGGCCUGCUUGCACCUCACUUGGCUGCUCCAGGGUCUCUGCCCUUCCCAGCCCUGGCUGUCAGGCCCAGCCAGAAGAGGUCAUGACCUAGCAGCCUGCCCAAAGCACUUGUUUCUGGAGGGAGGGAGAGGGGACUGCUCAGUAGGAAGUUAGAGCCCAGAGCCCUGGGGAAGGGGACCUUGGACGACACCCCCUUGCCUACCCUCCACCAGGCUGAAGGCUCAGUCUUCCCAGAUGUGCUCCCCCAGUCCAUGCGCCCAUCCCCUCUCUGCAGCCAGAAUUCCUUCUCCCAAGCCCUGCAGUGUCUGUUUGUCCAUCCUCAGUGUCCUCUGCAGUGACAGCCCUGGCCAAGCCACCUCUAACCCUCUGUAGCAAUAACGGUGUGCCACCCGCCGCUGCCCAUCGCGCACCACUAGGUUUUUAAAGUCCAUAGUUUUAAUGAAAUUUCUAUUCCUGUCU